AUGAACGAUGAGAUUGUUUAUGUUGUAGUAACUGAGAUGGCUUUCAAACAACAACCAUUCGGUCAAUGGGCCGCUUACCAAACUAAACACUUCUGGCCAUUCAUGGUCGGUGCUCUCGUAUGGGGUGCUCUCAUCACCAAGGUACACAUUGGUAUCACUGAUAAGAACAGAGCUGAAUCAGCCUACUAUGAAAAGACUCAAAGACUUACUCACCCAGAGAAGUUCCAAGGUCACGGUCACGGUCACCACUAA